AUGGACGAACUCUGUCUGUACCACACUUCUGCGUACUCACCGGUAUUGAAAGAAAUCAACCCUGAAUUGGAGUUAGUUCAGUUCAACGGGACUCUGGGAUAUCCCUCCGAGUUUACUGGGGACCCGAGUCCUGAACUGGAUGCGGUAUGGGACAAAUGGGGAUAUGUCAAAUACGCAAGUAUCCCCCCUGAGGAGUUCCUAAAGCUGCCCGGCGCAGAUCCAGACGCAGCGCGACUCACCCCUGAGUAUGGGGGGAGGUGCCUGAACAUGAUGCGGCAAGCUAUGCACCAGGACUACUAUAAUAACCCUGAGUUCCCCGAGCAAAGGGCUCCUGUUUUCACUGAUAGACCGUUCACAGUCAAGAUGCAUCUACAGCACUGCGUUGAGAUCUUACGCCAGAAUAUUAUGUGCAAUGCCGACGUCGGUAUAAUCCCUCACGAGUGGGUGACCCAAACUCCAGAUCCAUUUGCCAACUUCAACACCUGGCACAAGUGUCGCGACCUGAAGAGUGUAGAGAAGUGGAUUCACGAGCACGAGAUCCCAACCCCCCCGGACGGGAGUGACCUGCCGAUUCCGCUCGAUUCGAGGAUCUUUCCUACUUUGCCGUAG